CUGCGCACAUCAAGAUGGAGCAGAGAGUCACGCUGUUGCACACAGGAUUGAUCAAUGAUCUGAGCAGCCUCAGAGACAGAUGACAAGACUGAUCUCCCUUUUUCGGGUCUCAAGCAUGAAAAACAACAAAAUAAUAAUAUUCUUGGUAACAAUAUUUUUGUUGUUGGUCCUCCAUCUCUAUAAAGAUUUUAUUGAGACCAAACCCAUCAACCUCCAGACAGAUGUGAAAGAGGAGAACCGUCAAACAAGGCAACGCACCAAAAAGAAGUCCAAUCUUUACUCCUGGCCAAAAUGUCAACAAAAUAUUUCAGCUGACAGCAUCCCAGGCUUCAGCUCUCUUCCUGGUAAUGUAAAAGAUUUUCUCUACUAUCGUCACUGUCGCCAUUUUCCCAUGCUACUGGAUUUUCCUGACAAAUGUGGAGGAGCUGAUAAAUCAGCAGAAGUCUUCCUUCUACUGGUCAUCAAAAGCUCCCCCACGAACUAUGACCGCCGAGAGGUGCUGCGCAAAACCUGGGCUCAAGAGAGGCUACACAAUGGUGUGUGGAUCCGGAGGAUCUUCAUCUCAGGAACGAUGAAUUCUGGUUUUGAGAAAGAAAGACUGAACAAACUACUUGAACUGGAGCAACGUGAGUACAGCGACAUCCUCCAAUGGGACUUUAGCGACACCUUCUACAACCUCACCUUGAAGCAAAUACUCUUCCUGGAAUGGAUGGAAAGAAACUGUCCCAAAGCUCGCUUCCUGCUAAACGGUGAUGAUGAUGUUUUUGCCAACACAGACAGCAUGAUCGAGUAUCUCCAAAGCCUCGAGGACAAUAAUGGAAGCAAGCACCUCUUUACCGGCCAUUUGAUCCAGAAUGUCGGGCCCAUUAGAUCAUCAGGCAGCAAGUAUUUUAUCCCAGUACAGGUACAAGAGUCAGAUUCAUACCCCCCCUACUGUGGUGGCGGGGGCUUCCUGCUGUCUGGCCAUACAGCUAUGGUCAUAUACAAUAUGUCCCAGUCCACUACCAUUCUUCCCAUUGACGAUGUUUAUAUGGGGAUUUGUCUGGCUAAGGCAAGACUAGGUCCUUCUUCCCAUAUGGGUGUGAAGACCGCAGGACUGUACAUCCCCUCCAGCAAACUAGAUGAGUAUAACCCUUGCUAUUAUAAAGACAUUCUAUUGGUACACAGAUUCCUUCCACCUCAAAUGUAUCUUAUGUGGAAGAGAAUACAUGAUCCCAAGCUGCGAUGUGGUCACCAAAAUAAAUGACUUUAGCAGCAUAAAACUGCCACUUAACUGUGAUGACUGUGCUUGUUGACCUGCACUUAGGCUGUGAGUGCAGGCACGACCUUCUUACUUGUGUCAUGGCAAAAGGUUUGAACUGUUUUUCUACCAGUUUUUAUGAUGUGUGUAAUGUAAGUACCAUACAGCUGCAACAAUAAUUAACAUCUUGACAAGGGUUGGGCUGACAGUGACCUAAAAGUCCAUGUGAAACCGGUUCUGAACAGCGGUUGUUCAUAAAAUGUGCAUGGUGAAGGUACGCGCUGUAGUGACUGCCAUUCUAAUUCCUCAGGUUUUUGUAAGACUAAUGGUGUAUUGUAAUGUUAUUUAAUUGCAUGCUUAAGUUCAUAUUUUUACAGUUUUCUUUUAUUUAUUUAUUUUUUCCAGUAUAGCCUGUAUAUUUGUGUUAGCACAAUAUGUUGAGAAAGAGAUGAAUGUUUUUGUGCCUUCGAUCAGUGCUUCUCAACCAGAACCAAAAACAGGGUUUUCAGGAUUUACAUUUCUGUCCUGUUAAUUAUAACAAUCCUAAUCAGGUGUCAGUAGUAAGGAGUAAGGGUUCUUAGUAUAUGCUUUCAGGUGUGUGUAUGUGUGUGUGUGUUUCAAACAUUAGUCUAAUGAAUGCUUAAAUCUAUUUUAUUUUCAUUCUGAGAGAAUAAGAGAAUAUGUACAGUAUUUUUGUGCUAUUUUAUUAUUAAACAUGUUUUAGAUUAAAAAAUUCUAUAAAAGAAA